CCUUGAAUUUGUUCAUUUUUUAUUACCUUUUAGUUGAUUUAGAAACUAAUCAUCUCUAAACUACAGUUUGAUCUAGAUUAAGGUAUAUUAAUUUAGAUUCUUCGAUUUGUUUUGUAUUCUCUUUUCGUGAAAAAGCAACAUGGUUGAUGAAGAGAAAAGCGUUACUGUUCAAGCUCCUGUUAACAUCGCGGUGAUUAAAUAUUGGGGUAAGAAGGAUGAGAAACUAAUCAUACCAAUCAAUAGUUCAAUUUCUGGUACCCUUUCAAUUGAUGAUCUUUGUGCUACUACUAAAAUAACAGUCUCAUCAAAUUAUCAAGUUGAUCAAUUUUGGCUUAAUGGUGAACAACAAAUGAUCAGUGAGAACAAGAGAUUGUCUCAUUGUUUGGAGAAAUUUCGAUCCUUGAAUGGUGACAUGAAGAGCUACUUGAAGAUCGAGUCUCAUAACAAUUUCCCCACCGCCGCUGGUCUUGCAAGCUCAGCUGCUGGUUAUGCUUGUCUGGUAUCGGCUUUAGGUGCUUUGUUUGGUAUCACUGAUGGUAAACAAUUAUCAAUUUUGGCUCGACAAGGUUCAGGAAGUGCAUGUAGAUCAGUUUAUGGUGGAUUCGUCGAGUGGAUUGCAGGUCAUGACUCGGAAACAUCAUUUGCUCAACAAUUAGUCGAUGAAAAUCAUUGGCCGUCGUUACGAGUUAUCAUUUUGAUUGCUAAUGAUAAAGAGAAAGAUGUUGCCAGUACCAGUGGGAUGAAAAGAUCAGUGGAAACAAGUGACCUGAUUCACCAUAGAGCGGAAAAAGUUGUUCCAGAACGAUGUGUCGAAAUAAGAAAAGCAAUUGCCGAGAAAAAUUUCGAAAAAUUUGCUGAAUUAACUAUGAGAGACAGUAACCAAUUCCAUGCAAUUGCUCAAGAUACUUAUCCACCAAUCAGGUACAUGAAUGAUGUUUCAUGGUCAAUCGUUGGACUUGUUCAUGGUUACAAUGAAUUCGUUGGGUCAACCAAAGUGGCUUAUACAUUUGAUGCUGGACCAAAUGCUGUAUUGUUCAUGGAGAAAGAUGAGACUCGACAAUUUAUGUCAAUGGUUAAUCACUUUUUCCCAAUAUUGGAUAAAACUAAUGGUCUAUUUAGAGGAGAGCCAAUUCCACCAAUGGAGACAGUUAACCAGCCAAUGAUUGAUUAUCUGUCCAAAAAGUUAAUUAUCAAGGAAAACAGUUUAAAAGGAAUCAUUCACACUCGAAUUGGUAGUGGACCGAAAGUCGUUACUCAACAAUCAAGUUAAUUGAUUGACAAACUUUAAUCCUUCCUAUUGUGCCAACUCACAAAUAUAUUUUCAUGGUAUUUUUAGACGCACUAGUUUCAAGCUAAUUUACUUUAUGAUCAAUUAGCAAAUUAGGUUUUUAAUUGCAUGACAAAAAUUAAUUUUAAGCCAUAAAUUUUUUUACUGUUUUAGUUUCAAAGAAAAAUAGUUUAAAUUACUCAUAUUAAUUAUCCAAUUGAAUAAAAAUUGUUUAUAACUUCAAGGAAAAA